UGAGGCCUAGAAGAGAUGCUUCCCGUCCCAGCGCGUUGGGCACCCGUGAACUCCAUCUUGCAUUUUCUUGCAGAUCUCGACGAGUGUGCAACCAAGCAGCAUAACUGCCAGUUCCUGUGUGUUAACACCAUCGGUGGCUUCACAUGCAAAUGCCCUCCUGGGUUUACCCAGCACCACACUGCCUGCAUUGAUAACAAUGAGUGCACGUCUGACAUCAACCUGUGUGGCUCCAAGGGCGUUUGCCAGAACACUCCGGGAAGCUUCACCUGUGAAUGCCAGCGGGGGUUCUCACUCGAUCAGAGUGGCGCCAGCUGUGAAGAUGUGGACGAGUGUGAGGGCAACCACCGUUGUCAGCAUGGCUGCCAGAACAUCAUCGGCGGCUACAGGUGCAGCUGCCCCCAGGGCUACCUCCAGCACUACCAGUGGAACCAGUGUGUAGGCAAGUAGCUCCCAGUCCUUAAAGAGGCGUGGUUGCC